GUAUGUUUGCUUGUGGUGGCAAAAGUAAAAAGGCUAAUCAAUAAAAUACAAUUGUAUUAGAGGAUAAAUGUAAAAUUCAUAAUAAUGCUUUUGAUUGUGUAAGUUUAAAUUAUACAGAUAAAAGUCAAACAUUUAAAGCAUGUCCUCUAUGCAAAUAAUAAAGAACAAAGGAAUAAUUUGUUACUUUUAAAGAGAUAUAAAAUAAACUCUAAACUUAAAUAUCAAAUGAUUUAGUUGGAGAAUUCAAAUUAAAAAUGACUCAAUUAUUUAAUGAGACAGAAUAAUUCAGAACAAAAUUAAUAUAAACAGCUGAUUCUAUUCAUGAAAUUUUAGUAAAUGGCAUUCAUGAAUUAUUUGUUAAUAGUUUAUUUAAGAAGUUGCCCAAUAAUCUUUUUACAAUUGAAGACAUAUUUGAUGUAUAUAAAAUUUAUAAUUAUGCUUUAGUUAGUGACCACUAAAACAAUGGAAGCUUUUAGUAGUAUAAUGGAUUAACAGAUAUAAUUUUAAAAAGGUGAUGAUACAAGUUCAAGUCUAUUGACUAAAAUACUAUUUCAUGAAUAGGAAUCAAGACAAUUUAUAGAUGCUUUAAAAGAUGCUUAAGGAGUUAAAAAGAAAUUGGAAAAGAUUAAUAAUGAAUUUACUUAAUUAAAAGAUGAAAUUUCUAAAAAGAUUUAAUAGAUUAGUAAAUAAGUAUGAUCAUAAAUCCUAUUUGAUUUUAGAGUGUAAUUGAUGCUCCAAAAGUAGAUUUAUAGGAACCUACUUUAUAGUUUUUAAUUGAAAAAAAUAAAUAAGAACAAGAUUUUAUAGUUGAAUAAAUAAAAACAGUAAUAAAUGAUAGUUAAAUAAAAGAUUUAAGGAGUGAAAGACAUAAUAAUUGAGCCAAGUCAAAUUGAGAGGUAAGAAAAUCCUUAAGUAAAAUCAAUAAUUUCAAUUGAUUAAAAACUACUUGCAUAUAGUUCUGGUACUAGAAUUUUUAUUUUUGAUAAAACCAAAAACUUUUCAUUUAUUUCAUAAGUAGAUUGCGAAAAUGAUAUUUCUGCUUUGUGUACAGUGACAUUAGAUAAAAAAACAUAUAUAAUUGCAAGGUAUAAUAAGGAAUAAUAAUAAGUGUUGAAGAAAAUGAAGAGUCAUUUUAAUUGUAAUUUUGGGAUUGGGAAAACUUUGAUAAAUGGAAAGUCAUUAAUGCUCAUGAUAAAUAUAUUUGGUAAAUCAUUAAUUUACCUAAAAAUCUAAUAGCAUCAUGUUCAGAAGAUGGAGUAAAUAUCUAUAUUUAUAUAAGACUAUUAAAAUAUUUAAUGCUUUAACAUAAUAAUAAGUAUAAAAGAUUGCUGUUCAUUAAGCAAGUGUUAAUGAUAUAGCUUUAAUAACUCCAGAAAUUAUUGCUUCAGUUUCAGAUGAUGGUACACUUGUAGCAUCCAAUUUUUUAAAUGGAGAUUUAGUUGGAAUAGUUCCAUAAGAUAAUGAAAUUAAAUCAGUGAUUGCUUUAGAUGGAAUUAGAUUUGUUACUGGAAAUAGUUCUGGAGAAAUAAGAAUUUAUACAUUUGUUUAAUCAAUAGAAAUUUAAUAAGUUAUUAAGGCUCAUGACUCUGUAGUUAGAUUUCUUAGUAGAAUAGACUAAAAGUAAAUAAUUAAUUUAUAAUUAAUUAGAUUAUUUGUUACUUCAUCUUGGGAUGGUACUCAUAAAUUUAUUUCUGUUGCUGAUGGAGAAAUCAAAGUUAUUAAUGGACCUAAAAAGAAUUUCCCUGAACCACUUCUUUGGAUUCAAGAUAUAGGUUGUUUAGUUGCUUCAGCUGGUGGAAUUUUACAAAAAUACAAAUGA